CUGACGUGACAACUACUCUAAUGGAUAAUAUGGCGUCUUCAAGAUCCAACAAGAAGAGAAAGAGCUCCGUCAACAUUCUAGAUGUUCGUCAGGCUUCGGAGCUGCAUGCCGUUGAAUCCUUUCGCCAAGUUUUGAUUAUUCACCAAUUGCUUCCUCAAAAAUAUGAUGAUUACCACAUCAUGCUAAGAUUUCUAAAGGCAAGGAAGUUUGAUAUUGAAAAGGCAAAGAAGAUGUGGAGGGAUAUGGUGGAAUGGAGAAGGGAGUUUGGAGCUGAUAGCAUCAUGGAGGAUUUUGAAUUCAAAGAGUUAAAUGAAGUAGUGAAGUAUUAUCCACACGGCCAUCACGGUGUUAAUAAGGAGGGAAGACCUGUUUACAUUGAAAGACUCGGAAAUGUUGAUCCAAACAAACUCAUGCAAGUCACAACUCUCGAUAGAUAUCUCAGGUAUCACGUUUACGAGUUUGAGAAAGCUUUUGCAAUCAAGUUUCCUGCUUGCUCCAUUGCUGCUAACACCCACAUAGAUUCAAGCACUGCCAUCUUGGAUGUUCACGGCCUCGGCCUUAAGAAUCUUACCAAGCCUGCACGAGACCUCAUUACACGAUUGCUCAAGAUUGAUGCUGAUUAUUAUCCUGAGACAUUAUGCCAAAUGUUUAUUAUAAAUGCUGGCCCUGGAUUUAGGCUGUUAUGGAACACUAUUAAGUCUUUUCUUGAUCCCAAAACAACUUCAAAGAUUCAAGUUCUUGGAAACAAGUACAAGAGCAAAUUACUUGAAGUAAUUGAUGCCAGCGAAUUGCCAGAAUUUCUAGGGGGAACCUGCAGUUGUGUUGAGCAUGGAGGUUGCCUUAAAUCAGAUAAAGGCCCUUGGAGAAACCCUGAUAUAUUGAAGAUGAUUUUCAAUGGAGAAGCACAAUUGGCAAGACAAGUAGUCAAGGUUAUAAAUAGUGAAGAUAAAGUCAUUACAUAUGCCAAAGCCAAAACUCGACCUCCAUUGCAUGUAAAAGGCAACGAUACAACCAUAGUUGAAUCAAGCUCAGAGGAUGAAGAUAUAACUUGUCCAAAUGCCAUGAAUAACUGCUACUCGAACCUUAGUUUGAAACCUGUUCAUGAAGAAGCUAAGGUAGCUGGAACGUCAAGCCAUCGAAUAAAUAACUUGUCUGGGUAUGAUGAAUGCAUUAUUCCAAUGGUGGACAAACUUGUGGAUGCAGUUUCGAAGAAUCCAUCUCAACAAAGUUCUUAUACUUUAAAAGGUAGAGGUACAGAUGGAGCUCCAGAAAGGAAUGAAGCUCAGAUUUGGAUAGAGCUAAUAACUGUGUUGUUGUUUACUCUAUUUACUUGCUUCCGUUCAAUUGCACUCCGUUUGAACAAGAGACUUCCUCAUAUAUCAUCAUCUAAUAAUGUUGAUCAUAGUGGUUUAGAGUCCACUCUUGAUGCAACAAACAAGGAGCUUCCUAUUACACCAUCAAGUUCCACAGAUACAAAGGAAAAUGUUCUUCCUUCCAUGUUGGAGAGGACAUGUGAGCUUGAAGACAAGGUUGAGAUGCCUCGUGACAGAGAAGAAUCUUUAAAUGCUGCUGUCUCCAACGUGGAUACAUUGGAAGCAGAGUUAAGUGCUACUAAAAAGGCUCUGGAUGAAGCGUUAAUGAGGCAACAAGAGUUGCUUGAUUACAUUGAUCGUCAAGUUGAAGCCAAGUUUCAGAAAAAGAAGUUUUGUUGGUGCUGAUAGAAAGAGACGUUCCGCCAAACCAGAUGCUUCUUUGAGCACACACUUGUUUUAGCAUAUAAGGAGUAUUUGACCUUGCACAUGAUUUAAAUCUUUGUAUACUACUCUUAGUUACCACUUAUUUUUG